CUACCCGAGAUAUCGCAUUACUUUAAACAGAUCGAUAAUAACUGGGUUUUGUGUAUUUUAUGUUCAGGCUUUUACACAACUGUGCACACAAGUUUGAGUAAAUAUAAACUUGUCGGCUGAAGUGUCAAUUUCUCGGAAGUCCUUCGACAGACUACAUGUGUAUAAUGAUUGUAAAGGUGGGAUACAUAAACACUUUUUUUGAAUGAUCCUUUGUACAAGAUAAACUGUAUGCAAUGACAAUAACAAUAUAGCUGAGAAAGGUGUAUACAUGCACAAAUGGAGAAAUAGAAGACAAUACAUAAGAUGUUGUGACAUAUAUUAAUGCUGUGUUACUACUAACAACAUGGAAGAGGAACCGUCAACUUCAGGUGUUAAAAAGCGAUCAUUUCCAAAGGAACUCCUAGAUAAAAUGGACGAUACAGAUGCAAAAUUACCGCGAGUAGCAGCGACACCAGCAGUUUUGAAUGAUAAUCAGAAAAGAUACCUAGUUGUUGGACUAUGUCUUCAAAACGUAAUAUCACCAGCACUGAGGAAAUAUGUUGUUCCAAUUUUAACUUCACUUUAUGAAGAGUUAACUCUCAAAGAGAAGAUUGAUACGCAAACAUUUUCAACAAGAUACCAACCAACGUACAUCUUCUUGAAUUACGAAAAUAUCAACAACAACAAAGCAACGCAUGGUUAUCAAAAAGCAAAGUACGACUACACAAUCAAGAGUGUUGUUGAUUUGUCCAAGCUAUUUCUACCGAUACACAUGGCACAUUAUACAGACUUCGACGAAACUUGUGACUUAUCUGCCCUGUUAGGACUAAUCAUCAACAUUGUUGGCAAGUUCCCUACAGCAGUAAUUGCAUAUGCUAAAAACGUACGAGGAGUAAGGAAUGAAUGGGCUCAUAGCGAUUUCACUAAAUGGGACGCUGUAAAGUAUUCCGAUUCAUUCAAGCUGAUGACGGACAUUGUGAAGAACCUCUGUCUGAGUUCAAACGAGGAAAGUCAAACAUUACUGGAAUUAGAAAAAUGGGAAAUAAAUGGUACAAGUUCUUUGAAUGAUACAAACGAGAUUUGCCAACUACUACAUGUUUUAGUUAAAAGUGUAAAACAUAUAGCAAACGAAUCAGAUAAUACUUCUGCGGAGAUCAACAGGUUGUUGACUAUAGUGGAAAAUCAAGACACACUAUUAGAUGAAGUUAUUCCUAUACAUAUACUUGAGCAGUUCGAAAAACGCUUUGAACAGUGGAAAAAGGAUGAUCAACAGUUUGUUAGUACUGAAGCAGAGAAACAUGUCAUGCAAAAAGUUUUGACACAAAGUUCAGUAACCCUGGUUGGAAAUUCUGGCACUGGAAAAAGUUUUCUUUCUAAACACAUUGCCCUCAUAAUGAAGAAACAUGGCUAUACUGUUAUUCCAUGUAGUAAACCUAAAGAUAUUGGAAAAUGGUUUAAACAUGGGAGGAAAACUUUGUUUGUAUUUGAUGACGUCUGUGGCCGAUAUACUCUUAAUCAACAAAUUUACACUGACUGGAAACAAAGACUUGAUCACAUAAUAUCUCUCCUGGAAGACACAUGUUGUAAAAUCAUAUCCACAUGUAGAUUGGAGGUUUACAAAGAUGAAGUAUUUAGCAAUCUCUCUAUUUUCAAAAUGUGUAACAUCGAUUUAAGUUCACAAGAAUUCAAACUUAGUGCUGCUGAAAAAUUUGCUUUAGCUGAAGUUUACUUGAAGGAAAAUACUGAUAAAGUAAAGGAAUUGUCAGAAAAAUAUGACUUUUUCCCACUGUUAUGUAGCUUAUAUUAUAAACAGAACCUCCAGAAGAAUGUUAGCGUUACCUCUUUUUUUAGCAAUCCUUUUGAAGUUUUCAAAGAUCAACUUGUACAAAUGUAUGGAGAAAGUGAUGCUGGUAAGAUGCAGUAUUGUAGCUUAGUCCUUUGUGUAAUGUUUAACAACACAUUAACAGAAGAAAACUUGUCACCAAAAGAUAAGAAGAUAGGAGCAAUGAUAGAAGAUUUACUAGAAGAAUGUGAACUGAAUAAAGGAACAUCCAUCAAACGUUUAAAGAAAGCACUGGAAACACUUGAAGGUACUUAUGUGGUCAAGGAGGGUACUACAUACAAAAUAAUCCAUGAUAAGUUGUUUGAUUUCCUUGCCAAGUACUUCGGGGAGAAGAUGUUACAGAUUUUCAUUGAUCAUGCACAUACUGAUUUCAUUGAGGAGAGAUUUCUUUGGAAGAUAACAGAUAACAUGGGCACAGAAAUAGAGUUUGUAAUAAGAAUACCUGAUACCCAUAUAGAUAAAUAUAUAGACCGAUUGGUGAAAGACUGGGAGAACUGUUAUGUAAACAAUGUAUGUCAUAACAGAAACAUGAAUUCUACAACAUUUACUGAAAUCUUGGUAACUCAUUUAAACGAACUUGAUCUAUCAAAACAGGAAGAACUUGUUUGUACUAAAGAUAUUGACGAUAAAGAUAUAGCACUUAGUGAAUGUUGUUAUAUGGGUACUAUUGACCUUGUCAAAUGGUUGAUAAGUAGGAACAGUGACAUUAAUUAUUGUGGAGAGGAUGGUUGGUUUCCUUUAUACUGGGCAAGUCAGGAAGGACAUGUUGAUGUUGUUAAAGAACUGUUACAACAUUCAGCUGAAAUCAAUAAAUGUAGCAAUAAUGGUACAUCACCUCUGUAUAUGGCAACUGAUGUCAAUAAGUGUACCAAUGAGGAUGCAUCACCUCUGUAUAUAGCAAGUCAGAAUGGACAUGUUGAUGCUGUUAAAGAACUGUUACAACAUUCAGCUGAUGUCAAUAAGUGUAACAAUAAUGAUGUAUCACCUCUGUAUAUAACAACUGAUGUCAAUAAGUGUGACAAUAAUGGUGUAUCACCUCUGUAUAUAGCAAGUCAGACUGGACAUGUGGAUGUUGUUAAAGAUCUGUUACAACAUUCAGCUGAUGUCAAUAAAUGUAGAAAUGAUGGCACCCCACCAUUACAGAUUGCUUGUUAUAACAACAUGAUAGAGGUUGUACGUGUACUUCUUCAGUGUGAUGAUGUUGAUAUUGAUCUCUGUGAUGAUAAUGGAUGUUCCUCACUUUAUAUAGCAACUGAUGUCAAUAAGUGUGACAAUAAUGGUGUAUCACCUCUGUAUAUAGCAAGUCAGACUGGACAUGUGGAUGUUGUUAAAGAUCUGUUACAACAUUCAGCUGAUGUCAAUAAAUGUAGAAAUGAUGGCACCCCACCAUUACAGAUUGCUUGUUAUAACAACAUGAUAGAGGUUGUACGUGUACUUCUUCAGUGUGAUGAUGUUGAUAUUGAUCUCUGUGAUGAUAAUGGAUGUUCCUCACUUUAUAUAGCAAGUCAGAAAGGACAUGUUGAUGUUGUUAAAGAACUGUUACAACAUUCAGCUGAUGUCAAUAAGUGUAAACAUAAUGGUGUAUCACCUCUGUAUAUAGCAAGUCGGCAUGGACAUGUUAAUAUUGUUAAAGAACUGUUACAACAUUCAGCUGAUGUCAAUAAAUGUAUGAAUGAUGGCAUCCCACCAUUACAGAUUGCUUGUUACAACAACAGGAUAGAGGUUGUACGUGUACUUCUUCAGUGUGAUGAUGUUGAUAUUGAUCUCUGUGAUGAUAAUGGAUGUUCCUCACUUUAUAUAGCAAGUCAGAAAGGACAUGUUGAUGUUGUUAAAGAUCUGUUACAGCAUUCAGCUGAUGUUAAUAAAUGUGACUUUAAAGGUAAAAAUCCUCUUAAUGUAGCACAGGAGCAAGGACAUAUAGAAAUAGAAUCAUUGUUAAAAGGAAAAGGAAUAAAUCAACAUUGAUGUCAACCUGAUCAAUGCUAGUGGAGGAUAUUUUCUUAUUGUUUGUAUUUGGACAAAUUCAUACAUUAUCAUUCAUUUAUUCGAAACCUCACAUAGCUGACAUUAGUUUAUAGUUUGAAGUAUCGGCACGAGUCAAUACUUCUAUUAACAUUUAGCUGUGUUUUUGUAAAUCUUUAUUGUUAGGUUGAUGUCUAUAUUAACAAAUCUCUUUUUAAGCAUACAUGUAUAUGCAUAUCUUGUUUUUCUGAACAAUUGGUAAGAUUUUACUGAAAAUACUGUUAAAUCAGAUAAGCACAGGAGCAAGGACAUAUAGAAAUAGAAUCAUUGUUAAAAGGAAAAGGAAUAAAUCAACAUUGAUGUCAAACUGAUCAAUGCUAGUGGAGGAUAUUUUCUUAUUGUUUGUAUUUGGACAAAUUCAUACAUUAUAAUUCAUUUAUUCAAAACCUCAUAUAGCUGACAUUAGUUUAUAGUUUGAAGUAUCGGCACUAGUCAAUACUUCUAUUAACAUUUAGCUGUGUUUUUGUAAAUCUUUAUUGUUAGGUUGAUGUCUGUAUUAACAAAUCUCUUUUUAAGCAUAUAUGCAUAUCUUGUUUUUCUGAACAAUUGGUAAACUUUUACUGAAAAUACUGUUAAAUUAGAUAAGGUAACUAACUAUUGGCUUGUUUUUCAAUUAACAUGAUUAAAAAAAUACAGCAAAUUAUUGGGAAGUGAAAGCAUUUCAAGAUAGACCAGCAGUAUGCAAGAUAGUUGUAUACCCUCUAUAAACAGUGAUGGAUGGAUAUGCCAAAAACAAUUAUAUAGAUACAUCACAAAGGUUAUAUUGGAAAAAAAUGAAGACGAAAAAAUAUUGUAUUUAUAUAUAUGUGAAUGUCCUCAUUAUAAUCUGUUGAAAAAAUAGUUCUAUCAUUGUCUAUAAUACCAUUUGUAAAAUUGUCAAAAUGUUAAACUCAAAUGCCAAUUUCAACUUGUCUUUUUAUUCAAGAAAACCUAAAGGUAUUAAAAAUUAUUGGAAUGUACAUGAUAAAAUUGAGAAAAGAAAUGGGGAAUGUGUCAAAGCGACAACAACCCGACCGAUGAUGUAUAUAUUAAUGUCUUGAAAACUCUCUAUUUAGUACAGAUAUGUUUAUAUGUAACCCAUUAAGAAUAUUUGCGUGUUAAUAUUAUAUAUUCAUGAUAUUAUCUGUUUUAUUACUGCAUGUUUGCACACAUGCUUAUGGCUCUGGAUUGGCUGUAACUAAAGAUCAUAACAUUUAGUUGAUUAUAUUCAUAUUUGUUUAUGAUUGUCAACAACAUGACUGUCUAUUAUGAAAAAUCAUCGUAUUAAACUACUCUAAUCUUCA